GCAGGGACGGGGCACAAGGCGGCGGCAGUGCAUCUUCAGUCUUACCGGAGGACGGCAGUCGUUACUCGCUACUGUCUCCACUUGUGAAUCCCUUACCACCACCUCCACCACCACCACCACCACCACCGCUCCCGCUGUGGCACAUCUCCCGCUUCUUCCCCUUGAAAAAAAAGUAGCACAGUGUCCGGGACAUUUUGUUAGCGAGGGAACUCGGUGUAAAAGUGAAUCCGGUGUGGGAGAUACCGAGGAGGACAAACUACUGAACAGCAGCAAGACAAGAGGACGACAGGAUGAAUCUCAACAGUCAUGUCAUUUUCACCCUCUACACUAUUUACGGCAUUCUUCUAAAAGGUGUCAGCGGUCAGUACCCUCUGGUGCAGAAUGUCACGGUGACAGGGGGCGGGACAGCCAACAUGACCUGCCGUGUGGAGUACAACGACAACACCUCCCUCCAGUGGUCCAACCCGGCACAGCAGACCCUCUUCUUUGGCGACAAGAAAGCUCUGAGGGACAACAGGAUCGAGCUGGUCCGCGCGUCGUUCUCGGAGUUGACCAUCAGCAUCAACAACGUCACGCUGUCUGACGAGGGCAUGUACACCUGUUCCCUUUUCACCAUGCCCGUCAGAAUGGCCAGAGCUUACCUGACAGUUCUCGGUGUCCCGGAGAAGCCUGAAAUCGACGGCCUUACUAAGCCCGCCAUGGAGGGGGACCACAUCACUCUGACCUGCAUGACUCAUGGCAGCAAGCCUGCCGCCGACCUGCGCUGGUUCAGGAAUGAAAAGGAGGUCAAAGGCGCCAAGGAGGUGAACGCCAGCGGGAAGACGUUCACAGUGCGGAGCUCGCUGCAGCUGCACGUGGACAGAAACGACGAUGGCGUAGCGUACACCUGCAAAGUGGACCAUGAGGCGCUGGCGCAGGCACCGCAGCAGGACACCAAAGUGUUGGAGGUCCACUACGCUCCUCAUGUGAAGAUAGUCCCCUCUGUUGAAGUCCCCCAGGAGGGUCAGUACUUAAAGCUGGAGUGUCUGUCGCGAGGAAACCCAUCCCCGGACCCGGUGAUGUGGACAAAAGACGGCGUGGAACUUUCUGACCUGGGCAGGGUGGCCGUGGAGGGACGGGAUUUGACUUUCACUUUGCUGAACAAGACGGACAAUGGCACCUACCGCUGUGAAGCCAGCAACUACCUCGGGACCAGCAGCGCCGAAUACGUACUCUACGUGUAUGAAGCCCCCACCACUCUGCCUCCAUCCACCACACCCCCCUUUCAUGCCAUCCCCCCAGACUCCACCGCUCUAGUCGGCACCCACGCCUCAGACCCCACAGUCACUGGAAACAGAGAUCCCAACGCUUUGGGCCAUCACGGAACGGACCACGCCUUGAUCGGAGGAGUGGUGGCAGUGGUGGUGUUCGUCACCUUGUGUUUAAUCAUUGUGCUGGGAAGAUACCUGGCCAGGCAUAAAGGAACGUAUUUGACUAACGAGGCCAAAGGAGCGGACGACGCACCCGACGCCGACACGGCCAUCAUCAACGCCGAGGGCAACCACGCGCACGCCGAGGAAAAGAAGGAGUACUUCAUCUAGACUGUAGAGGGCGCCACUCUUGCUAUCUCGUCCCCUCUGUGUCUUUUUCUUCUCCAACUUGCGACCAGCCCGCGCACAGACACAGAGGAUCAUCCCGUGUUUGCCCUCCUCCGUGUCACACCUUUUUUUUUUAGUUUUUCUUCCUUUCGGCAGCUGUUUUUUUUUUUUUUUUUUGUGGUCAUUUUGCAGGCAUCGCUGCUGAAGUCGACACUAUUUUUGCCCCUCUGUAAAUCCACCAUGACUGCUUACACACCCCCGAAAAGGUUCCAGCCGGACACAUCACCACCCAUCCCGUCACAUCAACACGGUGCCUAAAAACACAGACGCCAUUGAACUUGCCUUCAUGCAUCAGUCGCUCGCAAUGUAAAUGCUUUUGUAGACGGACGAUCCUUUCACCGCUUAGCUCACGGCACUGUGGUCUUUUUCCUUUCCUUUAGAUUGCAACCAUGAUCUGUGCUAUUUACGCCUUACACAUAUCCACCACGCUGAAUCACGGCACUUCUUAGACCAUCCACUCCCCUUCUUGAAAUAGACUUGUAAUUAAAGCGCGGAGCUGUGUAAGAUAAGACGAAGGCUUUGUGUGACACUCGUGUAGCAAGCUUGGUCAGAUAAGUGUAUAGUUAGCGGGGCGGGGGUGUAGUGCGCUUCUGUCUAGAGCUGAGAAUACACACCAAAAAUAUAUCCGAUGACGCUAGACGAGACCUUUCAUCCGUGGAGACGAAUAGAAAAGCGUUUUUCUAAAUCCACUAUACCGAUCUUUGUAUGUGUAUAUUAUACCUGUCUCAGCGUCCUCCUACUGCAGUUGGUUUAUCACGCGAUGGCUUCAGGUCCGAUAGAUGUACAAAUUGUAUUAAAGUUAGUACAUUCAUUCACGUCGGAACGGAAAAAAAAAACAAAAAAAAAAACAAA